UAUCUACACUCCUGCAUCGACAGUGCUGAGUUAUCUUCCUUGUUGCAAAUUGGAAUAGGAUUAUUGAGUUAUCAUCAAAAGAAAUACAAAUAGAUCGAUUCUACAGUAUAAUCACAACUGGGUUUCCAAUUUCAUGUGUGAUUUUGGAGAUUACACCAGGGUUUGCUUUUAGUUUGGAAAAGAAUGAGUUCAUUUUCAAUUUCACGAAAGAAGACUCCUUUUCAGAAGCAUAGAGAAGAAGAGGAAGCUAAGAAAAAGAGGGCCGAGGAUGAAACGGCUAGGUUAUAUCAAGAGUUUGUUGAGUCAUUUCAAGGAGAUGGUGCUUCAAAGGGAUUUGUUAGAGGAGGAAUGAUCAAUCCCAAUGAAAAGAUGAAGGAUUCUGAAGGUGGAAAUUCCAAAGAUGGUGUGUCUGGUUCAAAGAAGGGGAGUAGGUAUGUACCAUCCUUCUUACCUCCUCCUUCAACAAAGGGGAAAGAGAAUGAUAAGAAGAAAGAGGAGGAGAGGCCAAGAGAGAAGGAGAAAGGGAAGUCAAGAAACAUAGAUCAUUUUAUGGAGGAGCUAAAGCAUGAGCAAGAAAUGAGAGAAAGAAGGAAUCAAGAUCGUGAAGGAUGGCGUGAUGGUCGUCAGAGUGAAAGUUCUGCUCUAUCCAGCCUCUUUGAUGAGCUUCCAGAUGAUUUUGACCCAAGUGGGAAGUUCGGGUCUUUUGAUGAUGGUGAUCCACAAACAACAAACUUAUAUGUUGGAAAUCUGUCUCCUAAUGUGGAUGAGAAUUUUCUUUUGCGGACUUUUGGAAGAUUUGGCCCAAUUGCUAGCGUUAAAAUAAUGUGGCCAAGGACAGAGGAAGAACGCAGGCGGCAAAGAAAUUGUGGUUUUGUUGCUUUCAUGAACAGAGUAGAUGGGCAGGCUGCAAAAGAUGAAAUGCAAGGGGUUAUUGUUUAUGAGUACGAACUGAAGAUUGGAUGGGGUAAAUCUGUUGCUCUCCCAUCACAGGCACUGCCUGCUCCUCCACCAGGACACAUGGCCAUCAGGAGUAAAGAGGGUGCUACUGUAAUCUUGUCCGGUGCAUCAGGCCCACCAGUUACUUCUGUACCAAGCCAGAACUCUGAGCUGGUUCUAACUCCAAAUAUACCUGAUAUAACGGUGUCUCCCCCUGAAGAUGACCGUCUUCGUCAUUUAAUUGAUACAAUGGCCCUUAAUGUUCUGGAUGGGGGGUGUGCUUUCGAACAAGCAAUAAUGGAAAGAGGACGGGGGAAUUCUCUCUUUAGUUUUUUGUUUGAGCUUGGGUCUAAAGAGCAUACCUAUUACGUAUGGAGGCUCUAUUCUUUUGCACAGGGUGAUACACUACAACGGUGGCGAACAGAGCCUUUCAUCAUGAUAACGGGGAGCGGCAGAUGGAUGCCUCCUCCAAUUCCAACGGCAAAAACUCCAGAGCUUGAAAAGGAAGCUGGAACCACAUAUGCUGCAGGAAGAAGCAGGCGUGUGGAGCAAGAGCGGACGCUGACAGAUGCACAAAGGGAUGAAUUUGAGGACAUGUUGCGUGCCCUAACUUUAGAAAGGAGUCAAAUAAAGGAUGCUAUGGGCUUUUCAUUAGACAAUGCCGAUGCUGCAGGAGAGGUAGUUGAGGUUUUGGCCGAGUCUUUGACUUUGAAGGAAACCCCUAUACCUACUAAAGUUGCAAGGCUGAUGCUUGUCUCAGAUAUUCUUCAUAAUAGUAGCGCCCCUGUGAAAAAUGCAUCAUCAUACCGGACAAAGUUUGAAGCAGUUUUGCCUGAUAUCAUGGAGAGUUUUAAUGAUCUUUAUCGCAGUAUAACAGGAAGAAUUACAGCUGAGGCCCUUAAGGAACGGGUGCUGAAAGUCCUUCAAGUAUGGGCUGACUGGUUUCUUUUCUCGGAUGCGUAUGUGAAUGGACUGCGAGCUACUUUUCUUCGAUCAGGGAACUCCGGUGUGACUCCCUUUCAUUCGAUAUCACCAGAAAUAGAAAAGAAAACGAGUUCAGAAGAUGCAUGUGGUGAAGGUAAGGUUAAUGAAGAUGCUGCUUUGGCAAUGGGGAAAGGAGCAGCAAUGAAGGAGCUUUUAAGUUUGCCAUUGGCUGAGCUUGAGAGGAGAUGCCGACAUAAUGGUUUAUCCCUUGUUGGUGAUAGAGAAAUGAUGGUGUCUCGUUUGCUUGAUCUCGAAGAAGCUGAAAGACAUAGAUAUGAAAUAAAGAAUGAGUUGACUCAAUCAAGCUCUAGUCGAUACCGGUAUGGCGAUGAAACUGCUCACACGCAAGGUAAAGGCUUGGCGCCCUUGUCUACAACGAUUCCCAUUCCACAGCCUGAUCUUAAAGCCUUUGAAAGUAAAGGGAACGUUGAUCCUGUUCUGCCUGCUUCUAAAUGGACGAGAGAUGAUGAUGAUGAAAGUGACGAAGAAAUGAAGAAAAGUCCUAGGGAUUUAGGAUUAAGUUACUCAUCUUCUGGCAGUGAGCAUGUUGAGGAUGGACUAAAUAAAGCCGAGGAGAUGGAGCUUGCUGCUGACAGUAUGAAUGAAGAACAUAGACAAAAACUGAGGCGCCUUGAGGUUGCUUUGAUGGAAUACCGAGAAUCUCUAGAAGAGCGGGGAAUAAAGAAGUUGGAGGAAAUCGAUAGGAAAGUUGCGAUUCAUCGGCAAAAGCUAGAAUCAGAGUAUGGAUUAUCAGAACGUUCUGGUGGCAAUUCAUCUGCGAAAAAGAAAGCAGCAUCCCUGGUGGAAAGGAAGGAUAGGAGAGAUGACAACAAGAAAGGGAAAAGAGAACGAAGUGCCAGCCCAUCACCACGCAAAUCAUUUGGAAGAGACAGGGAAAAGGGAAAUAGUAGUAACGUAGAGAUUGAAAGACAUCGCGAUAGAAUUCGGGACAGAGAUUCAGAUAGAACUCGAGAUAGUCAGCGAAGGAGAAGAUGAAAAUGAAAAAAAAAAAGUGCAAGUUUUGCUAGAGGCGAUAAUGACAUUCUUUCAUUUUUCGCAACUCUGUUGUUCGAAUGUAAUUAUCAGGUGGAGCGCGAUGGCCAUACAGUUCUUUGAUCUUUACAAGUCUUUCUUGUAAGAUGUAAUACAUUGUCUAUGUAAACCGUGUUAAAAUGUCAGCAUUUGGAAGUCAACCUUGAUAUGCUCUGA